AUGGCACCAGACACGCAUCCCCACGUCCCCGCAACCCCCUCCGACAAAGAAAGCGACAAUGACAACACAAGCACAGCCACCGCGAAACCAGAACCCCAAUCAACAGAGCCCAGCCCCAGGACAAGCACGACCCUCUCAGCACAGCUGAACCAAGAAUGUAACGACCUACUCUCCCAGAUCGACGCCUACCAAUCCCUCCUCGCGUCCACACUGCGGAACCCACAGCUCGUCGAGGUGCGCCAAUUCCGCUCCAGCGUAGCCUCCGAGCUGAAGAUGCUGGAGAAGCUAGGACGGCAGAUUGAGGACGCGAUUGGAGAGACAACUCCAGGACCAGAAACGAGUCGAAUGGAAGAUGGGGUGACGGGGUCGCGUGACCCUGAUUUGGAAAUGCGGUUGGUGCAUGCGCUACGCUCUUCGAAUUUGCCAUUCUACCAGGCUGUCUGGAGGAUCGCGAGUGGGUCUUGUUCUGGGUUGGUUGCGCUGGGCAAGAGGUUUUACUGGGAUGGGGAGACCAAGGCGACGGAGAGGAAGAAUGCCAGUGGGAAGGGGAAGGGUGGUGGUGCUGCGCAGCCGGAGAAGCAGCCUAACAAGGAUAAGCGCAAGAGUGUGUUUGUGGAUGUUGUGGCUGAUGAUGGGGAGGAAUGGGUGAAGGUGUCUACUAUGUCGGAGAGCCGGCUUUUGUUUGAGAUGGCGAAGAAAGGCUGGGAGGGUGAUAGUGAUGAGGAUGAGUGGUCUGACGGGGGUAAAGGGCGGACUAUUUUACACAAUUUUGAUGAAGAUGGGGAUGAUGAUGACGAUGAUGAGUUGGAGCUCAUUAAAUUGGCCCGGGAUCUAAGGAAGGCGUCUGAUGCUACGCGCGUUAGAUAUAAACAUCCUUGGCUACGGGUUGUUAUACCUAAGAUUGAAGAAGGAAGUGUUCCUGAAAUUGACGCUGUCUUGAACGAGAUGCGGAGCUAUGGUAUUCAGGUUGACUGUCAGGGGAGUCUGCCAGCUGAGACUCGCACCGGACUAGCCCAUCUCCUGCCUCAACCAUUCAAAAACUUCACUUCGACUCUGAAUGUCGACUGCACUUUACUCCUUGCCUUGGUGUCUGACUUGUCUCACGUCAAGGACAUCCCGAUAUCACCCCAUUUCCAUAGAGCGAUCGUCCGACAAAUCGAAGUUGAGCGGGAAAAACCACUGCUCACUUCCGAACUCUGGCCGGCUAUGGAUGGCCGUGAGCUCCUAUCCACCACAGAGGCUGCAGUGCGCUUCCGGGAAAUUGUCGAAACCAUUGGGACAGAGACGGAGAAGAGUCGGACUCGCAUGUUGCUGGGAGAUCCACCAUACGAACAACUCGAUCGUGAGGCUAUUCUCCAGAAGUUUCAAGAAUUGUCUGAUUAUCAGGUGCCCGCAAAUUGGAAACUCCCCAUCAAAGUGGUUGAAGCCCAGCAAGUGAUUGAUGCGGCCAGGACACAGGGUAAUCUUCAUCCAGUGGUACAUGAAGUUGGGAAAGACCUAUCGGAUAUCAACCACAGCGUGUUUUUGUACGGUUGGGUCACCGGUUUGACGACCAUUUCCAGCAAUCGCACAAUCGACAAGCAAAUCGAGGCCACCGUCGAGGACAACCGGAAAGGCGAUGAUUGCCUAGAAGGCCCUGACGUUUGGAUCUGUGACACAGCACGAAGUUUGGUGGGCAAAGACAAAGACCGAAAAGCAUAA